AUGGACAUUCGUAAAUAUUUCUCUGCACCAAAAAAACGAAAGUCCUUUGAAGCAAGUAUUUCUAAUGAUGAUUAUUUACCAGAGGUAGAACCAAUAUCUCCUCUGCCUACUAAGAAAACGAAGCGUGAACAAAAGAACGUUGAAAAAAAAUCUCCUAGCAAACGUGCUAUUAGAUCACCAGCAAGUACUUCUGAUGAUAUUGACUAUUUACCAGAGGAAGAACCAAUAUCUCCUCUGCCUACUAAGAAAACGAAGCGUGAACAAAAGAACGUUAAAGAGAAAUCUCCUAGCAAACGUGUUAUUAAAUCAUCAGCAAGUAUUUCCGAUGAUGAUGAUUAUUUACCAGAGGAAGAACCAAUAUCUCCUCUGCCUACUAAGAAAACGAAGCGUGAACAAAAGAACGUUGAAGAAAAAUCUCCUAGCAAACGUGCUAUUAAAUCAUCAGCAAGUAUUUCUGAUGAUGAUGACUAUUUACCAGAGGAAGAACCAAUAUCUCCUCUGCCUACUAAGAAAACGAAGCGUGAACAAAAGAACGUUGAAGAGAAAUCUCCUAGUAAACGUGUUAUUAAAUCACCACGAUCGAAUAAAACAGGUCCAAUGGCUUCUGAAUCCAAAGAAACACCUCAAGGCGAAGAUAUGUGCUUCUUUGGUAAAACCUUUGUUUUUACCGGUGAUUUAAAUACUUUGGACCGUGAAGAAGCUCAAGAUAUUGUGAAACGUAAUGGAGGUCGAGUUACUUUACAGCCUAGUUCGAGAACUUCAUAUGUUGUUGUUGGACAAGAUCCAGGACCCAAAAAAAUGGAAAAAGUUGGACAAUUCAAAAUCCCUACUUUGAAUGAGGAACAAUUCCUAGAAUUGGUUAGAACAUCUCCAAAGAAGGCUGAUUCUAAUGUUAGUAUAAAGAAAUCUUCAAAAUCAAAGGGCCCUAUUACGAAAAUUUCCGAAGCGAUUGCCUCAGUCACUUCAACCGAUUCAAAUGGUACCCAACUGUGGACUGAAAAAUAUCGACCAAAAUCUCUCAGAGAUUUUUGCGGUAAUCAAAAUCUCGUAAAAGAUAUGGCAAGAUGGCUCAGCGAUUGGAAUGAGAAAGGUUUCAAGUUUAAGAACAAAGAGUGGAUGCCUGCAUUGUUAAUUUCUGGUCCUCCCGGAAUUGGCAAGACAUCCUCUGUUCAUCUUGUUGCAGGUCUUGAAGGGUACGAAGUGAUUGAACUUAACGCUAGCGAUACUCGAAGCAAAAAGACAUUGGAGGCCGCUAUCAAAGUGGCGACAAAGAAUACAUCAAUUACUGGUUUCUUUAACCCAGUCAACGAAAAGACUUCAGGCAAGGCAAGUGUAAAAGAGGUACAGAAAAAGAGAACACUUAUCUUAAUGGACGAACUUGAUGGAAUGUCUUCUGGUGAUAGAGGUGGUAUCGCUGAACUUAUCCAAUUGAUCAAAAAAACAAGGAUACCGAUUGUUAGUAUAUGCAAUGACAUCAACUCUCAAAAAUUCAAGUCGUUAAAAUCCUAUUGUCAUGAGGCGAGAUUUGCCAAACCUCGCGUUGAACAAGUCAGAUCAAGAAUCAUGACAAUUGCAACAAGAGAAAAUUUACAAAUUCGACCAACUGAUGUUGAUGAACUCAUUAGAGGAUCAAACUCUGACAUUCGUCAAAUUUUGAACAUGAUAUCUACAUGGAAAAUUAACCACGAUUCUAUUGACUAUGAUGAUAUAAAGGCUUUGAACAAAACUAACGAGAGACAUCUUAGAAAGAAUGUCUUUGAAAUUUCUAAAGAUUUUUUGAGCAACGACAUCUGGAAAUCUCGUAAAAACACUUUCAAUGAUAAAAUGAAACUAUAUUUUCAAGAGCACGAUCUAAUUCCUUUAAUGAUCUUUGAAAAUUAUAUAAAAAUGAAACCUCAUACAAUUACAAAGUUCAUCAAAAAAUUUGAUAACGAAGAUAUCAAACCGGAUGUUUUAGAAAAGCUUGCCUCUUUGGAGGCCUUUGCAAAAGCAGCUGAUUCAAUGUCCUAUGGCGAUAUGGUUGAUAAAAGGAUUCGUGGACCGCGACAAGAAUGGAAUCUUAUGCCAAUGCAUGGAUUCUUUUCUACCAUUGCACCCGCAUCUUAUGUUCAUGGCUUUAAUAAAGGGGGUCAAUUUGGACAAUAUAAAUUUCCAAGCUGGUUAGGACAAAAUUCUAAAGCUCAAAAGAUUCAGCGUCAGUUGAAAGAAAUUCAAAGUCACGUACGAACCAAAGUUUCUGCUGAUAAAGGUGAAAUUCGUGAAAGCUAUAUUCCUACACUUAGAAAGGCUCUUAUUAAGCCUUUGGUCGACAAAAAAGCAGAUGGUAUGAGCGAUGUCAUUAAUAUUAUGGAUCAAUAUAUGAUUACCAAAGAGCAAUUCGACACCAUCAUGGAAUUUAAAGAUGAGCAAACACGCUAUAAUGCUACUGAAAUUGCCAGUACUACAAAGUCCUCAUUUACAAGAAAGCAAGUAUUAAUAUUUAUUUAA